GCUGCUCCCCCAUUGGCCCGUCACGGGCGUACGUGGGGACGGUCGCGCCGCGCCCCUGCGGCCGCUCUAGCCGGGGGCCCGCGCUCCGGCUCGUCCUCUCCGUUCGGGCUUUCCAUGGUGCUGGCAACAUGUGGCGCCUGUCGGGACUCCUGGGCCGAGCUCUUCCCCGUCUGCUGGGUCCUGAUUUCCGGGGGGUGACCCCCAAGCCCACCAGCCCAGAUGGGCCUCAGGCAACCUCCUCCUCCUCGCUGGUCUCUGUGCCCAACAUCGACAGGUCAGGCCCUCAUGGCCCAAGUACAAGCAGGGAUCCAAAGUCGCACAGAUGGAAGGAUGCCUUCCAGUGGAUGUCCGCUCGUGUCUCCCCGAACACUUUGUGGGAUGCCAUCUCAUGGGGCACUCUGGCUGUGCUGGCCCUGCAGGUGGCAAGACAGCUCCACUUCCAGGCGUUCCUGCCCACAGGGCCUCGGCAAGCAGAACACUGCUCUUGGCGCAGUCCACUAGACCGUUUCCUCUCGUCUCCCUGGUGGCAUCUGCACUCCUCACUGCGGAGUCAUGUUCUGCCCAGCCCCGACCGCCCAGCCCCCAGGCACCUUGGCCUCAGGAAACCCAAGCUGAGCCCGGAAGAGCCCUCAGCUCAGCCCAGAAGCUUCUCUCUCAGCUCCUUGAGAUCAGCUGGUCCUCAGGAGCCCUCUGAGGAAGGCUUUGCCUUUGCAGGUCCCAGUAAUUUCGGCCUCCUGGAUGCCAGCAGUAGCUUUGAGUCCAAGCCAACGCCAGCCCAGCCUCAGCACCCUGGUGCAAAGAAGGAACAAGAUAAAUCAAAAACUCUUUCCCUGGAGGAGGCCGUGACGUCCAUCCAGCAGCUCUUCCAGCUCAGUGUUUCCAUUGCUUUCAACUUCCUGGGGACAGAAAACAUGAGGAACGGGGACUACACGGCAGCCUUUUCUUACUUCCAGAAAGCUGCAGACCGUGGCUACAGCAAGGCACAGUACAACAUGGGCUUGUGUCAUGAGCAUGGCAGAGGCACCCACAGGGACCUCCGCAAGGCGAUCUUUUAUUACCAAUUGGCUGCUAACCAGGGCCACAGCCUCGCUCAGUACCGCUGUGCCAGAUGUCUGCUGCAAGCCCCAGCCUCCUCAGGGGACCCUAAGCAACAGAGAGCACUGUCCAUGCUGAAGCAGGCUGCAGACUCAGGCCUGAGAGAGGCCCAAGCUUUCCUUGGGGUGCUUUUCACGAAGGAGCCACACCUGGAUGAGCAGAGAGCUGUGAAAUAUUUGUGGCUUGCAGCCAGCAAUGGGGACUCACAGAGCAGAUACCACUUGGGAAUUUGCUAUGAGAGGGGCCUUGGUGUGCAGAGGAACCUGGAAGAGGCCAUGAGGUGUUACCAGCAGGCAGCGGCUCUGGGAAAUGAGCCUGCCCGGGAGAGGCUGCGGACCCUCUUCACAGAGGCAGCAGUGCCAGGGGGAGCCAAGUCUUUUGAGAACUUUCUGCUUCAAAAUAGAAGUCUGAGAACGCCGCCUGAGGAAGCACUGCUUUCACCCCUCCUUGCAGCCCUCAGCCCCAGCCACCUGGCAGUCGCAGGACUGAGGUCUUUCUCCAGCCCCUCCCUCUGCAAGCUGAACUCCCUGCUGGCAGGCACCUCAGGUCUCCCUCACGCGUGGAGCACUGGGAAUCUCAGCCACCUGUGCAGGAGCCAACCUCUUGGGGCCAGCCCAGGAGCCCACGGCAGCACUGUCUCCUCCUUGGAAAGAAGUCUUGUAAGAUUGGGCUUUGGCUAAGGAGGAGGGAGUUCCUGAUGCCUGCACUAUCUGCUUGACUUUUUCAGACCUCCCCUCGGCCCUAACGAUGGAGCCUUUGAGUUCUCAGAAUAUCACUACUUGAGUCCCACAGAAGCCAGUUACCAUUCACCAUCCCAGAAACCUUGAGUGCCUCCCCAGCACUGUAAAGAGGAGGGGAGCGUGUGCACACCUGGCUCUGGCCACCACCCGCCUGGCCUUGUCACCUUGUAGCAGGGACCCUAGUCACGAAUGUCAUUUCCUCAGCCGUAGACCAAGGGCAGCAGUGCGUGCCCUCUGGGCUUCACAGGGCCGAUGCUGGGCAUUUCACCGCAGAGAGGACCCCGGUUCCUUCUUAGACCGCUGAAGGCAGAGUGAUGCAGUUACACAGCCUCAUGAGACUCCAGGCCGGGAUGAGGGCCCAGGCCUCCUGACUGCUGGCCCAGGCUUCUCUUCUACUGUUCACACUGUCAUUCUGUGUGAAAGCGUCAUUAUCAUCCUGCCGAUACGAGGGAGGAAAUGGAGACUGGGCACCUGGAGUCUUGGAACCGGACAGUAUAGACUGAGUCUUCACUUGGGAAAGGUGAGCCAGAGGUAUCUGGGCAUUUAAUAAAGCAGCUCGUGGAUUAUCUCAUCACUCUUGCCCUUGAGUGUGUUGGUGAGAGGCGGGGAGACAGGAAGGGGGGCUGAAAGGCAAGGCUCCAUCCUCAUCUCUGAACUCUCCAUUAACCAAUUAAAGGGUCUUAAAAGCUUCUCCAGGAGAGAGACUUAGAAAAAAAAUGAUUUCUGAGUCAACGCUAAUGACUCCAAUUACUGAAUUUGUGAAUAGCUGUUCCCUGGCUUCUGGAUGUUAGCUGGAGCUCAGCAGCAUAGGCAUGGCAGAGGAAGAGGAAGGGAAAGACUGAGGACCGGCUCCUCCGGUGACUGCUUACACAGAAGAACCAGCGAGCUUGGCCAGUACAGAGGAGGGAGGAUGUGGGGACAACGUUGUCCAUAGUCCCUCUGCUACCAACCCCCGCCUCUCCCAGUCUCAUAGGAGGUGCUUUCUACACUUUUCUAAGACCUCACUCACCCCUGGAGCCCCAAGAGCCACCUCCUUGGUAGCAGGGACCCCAUCUUUGUAGCCCAGCAUCUCAGCGUCUCGCCCAGUGUUUUGUGUAGCACAGGGGCUCGGUGCUGUUUUAAGCCAUCCAGUGCACUAAUCUCUCAGCCAAAAAAAGGGUUUCUGUGGUCAAAUAAGUUUGGGAAGCACUGCACCAGACGUCCCCUUUUUGUAGAUUCACAGUACACAUCAGCAAAUUCCAGGUUCCAAGAAGUCCUGCAGUAAGAACACUGUUAACUCAGUGUGCGCCUCCCUGGCCUGAGACAGAGCCGCCUCCUUCCUGGGCACCAGCAGAAAUGUCACCACUUUCUGUCCUGGUGGUGCCACACUUACCGGUUGCCUCCCCGCCUGGGCAUUUUGGGCCCUGAUUCCUGCUUCCCUGCCCGUCACUGGGGCCAGGCACACCCAGACAGUGGACCUGGCAGCUGAUGGAGAAGGCGCUGCGCCAGCUCCCUCCUGCUCAGCCACUGCGGGUUAAAGGCAGCCUCUGUCUGGGAGCCUGAGGUGAAGCAGGUAUUUCUAAACUCUUGAAGCUGGGAAGGAACAGCCUGUCCUAGUGGAGAGGGAAGGGUGGAAGCUGAAAGGACAUGUCAUCAGGGACCAAAAGCCCAUGGCUGUGCAGUCAUUGUCGUCUUGAUUCAGCCCCAGGAGACUGGCUUUGUGGGCACAGUGGGCAGACUGGGCAACUGCUGUGCUUCUGCCAUUAAAAUUCUGCUAUUAAGGACCUGUCUUCAGUGCCCUGAGGGGAAAUGCUGGAGGGAGGCAGGAGAGGGCCCCGCAUCAGGCCAGCCUGUCUCAGAAUUCUGGCAGAUCUAAGGAUCCGGACCUGGGGCCUGAUUCACGAGACCCUGAGCAAAGCUCUACUGCCUCAGUUUCCCUAUCUAGAGAUGUUCUUUCCAGGGAUCCCUUGACACUAUGGUGGGAACAAGGCCAUUUGAUUCAUUAGAUCUUCCAGGCCAGUACGUGGAGGGCACUUAGCAGAUGUUCAGGAAAUAGUCAUCAAAUGCGAGUGAUUAUUUGUACCACAUCUCCACUCAAUGCCCAGCACAAACCUACCCAGGACAUAGUAAGUGCUUUAAAUAACUGUUGAGUGGAUGAAUGAAUGACUCCAAAUACCCCUCCUUCUUCCCCUAACUGUUGAUUCUUGUACUUUCUGGCACUUAGCAAUUGUUCAAUAAGUAAUAAACACAAAAUGUUUGUUGAAUGAA